GUUAAAGUUUCAUUUGACCUGGACAACAUUCAGAUCAAAUACAUUGAUGAGGAUAAUGAUGAGGUCUCUGUGAAUAGCAAAGAGGAAUAUGAAGAAGCUCUGAAGAUUGCAGUUAAACAAGGAAAUCAGCUUCAGAUGAAUGUGUAUGAAGAAAACUCUUCUCCAAAAGAAACUUCAUGUUCCUCUUCUUUGCAACUACAUGAAAAAAACAUGACAGAAAAGUUGGCACUUCUUAAAGAUGAAAAGAAACCUCUUUCACACUACUCCAUGCUAGCUCAGGGGUUAGAGGAAGACUUAGAAAAUGAAAAGGAGCUGACAAUUCAGCAAAAGUUAAAUCACACUAGAACAGGAAGAACAAAUGAAAAUCCUCCAGAAUGGUUUACUAGCUACUUGGAAACAUUCAGGGAACAAGUAGUUAAGGAAACUGUUGAGAAACUGGAACAGAAGCUAUAUGAGAAGCUUGUUCAUCACAAUCAGCCUCCAGAUUUUUCUGAGAGCUCUAUUACAGCAGCACCUCCAACUUCAGAGAGCCGAUCAGGGAACAGCAACCAGUGUGACUGGCUGAUCUCCUGCUGCAACUGCCAGGUCCGAAUUGUUGGAGUUCGCUACCAGUGCAGCGUUUGUCCAGCCUACAAUAUCUGUGAACAGUGUGAAGCAGGAAUAUAUGCACAUGAUCCUAAUCACGUCUUGUUAAAGCUGCGAAGACCUGUACUAUGUACUGCUGAGAAUUACAGCCUUGCAGAGUUUUCAUCUCGCCUGCCUGCUACUCUGGAGCAAGUUAGGCUCCAGAAACAAAUGGACAAAAGAUUUCUGAAGGCAGAAAAGCAAAGAUUACGAGCAGAGAAGAAACAGCGAAAGGCAGAGGUCAGAGAGCUCAAAAAGCAGCUAAAAUUGCACAGGAAAAUUCAUCUGUGGAACUCCGUCCACAUAUUGGAAACUAGCGGCUCACCUACUCUGAAAUCUGAGAGUCUCCAACCUAAUACUGUCCUGAGUCCUAGCGAACCCUUCCAAGCGGUUGUCCCAACACUAAGUGCAGUAUUUGUGGAUGAGAAUUUGCCAGAUGGGACUCACUUGCAACCAGGAACAAAAUUUAUCAAACACUGGCGAAUGAAAAAUACUGGCAAUGUGGAAUGGAGCUCAGACACAAAGCUGAAACUUAUGUGGGGAAAUCUGACCUUGGCAUCUUCAGAAAAAAAAGAUGUGUUAGUGCCAUCCCUUCCAUCGGGACAAGUAGGAACUGUUUCAGUUGAGUUUGUAGCUCCUAAUAUAGAAGGAACUUACACCUCUCACUGGAGACUGUCCCACAGAGGGGAACAGUUUGGGCCCAGGAUCUGGUGCAGUAUUGUUGUGGAUCCCUCCCCAGCUACUGACUCUCUAGAAAGCAAUUGGAAGGAUUCGGACUCCUGUCAGAAGGAUAACACUUCCAGCAUGAAACAGGAUGCUUCCUUAAAGGCAGAAGCAGGUGCUCAACUGAUGGGUGAAAUUGUGGAGCAGGCUGAAAUACCUCUGCCAACUAUUCCUUUAAAGAUCAAAAAUCUGCCAAGUGAGAGAGAAUUUUAUAUCCCAUCUGUUGAUCUCCUCACUGCACAGGAUUUGCUGUCCUUUGAGCUAUUGGACAUUAAUAUUGUGCAGGAAUUGGAGCGAGUGCCACACAAUACUCCUGUUGACAUGACUCCAUGCAUGUCCCCUUUGCCACAUGAUAGCCCCUUGCUGGAGAAACCUGGUUUGGGUCAGAUAGAGGAGGAGAAUGAGGGGAGUGGAUUUAAACCAGUGCCUGGGAUGAUGGAAGCCUGCUUUCCUGCAGAUACUUGCAUAGUGAAGGCGAAAGCUGAACCCCCAUUGAACCAGGAGGAAGGAGAAGAAGAUAUGAGUGGGACUCAGUUUGUCUGUGAAACUGUAAUUCGCUCUUUAACCCUGGAUGCUGCGCCUGACCAUAAGCCCCCACAAAGAAAGAAAAUCCUCCAGUACCCUUUACAAACAUUGCAAGACACCUUCAGUUGCAAUGUGAUAAAUGAAGAAUCUCCUAGGAUAAAAACUAAUUCCACUUCCAAAAAGGAAGCAAAGAUUCAUCAGUCAGAGGCAAUGAAUAAAAACAACUGUGGGGACCUUCCACUGUCUGAUGAGAGAGCAAACCUCUGUAGUGAUACCGGCAAUUCUGAUCAAGAGGAAGAUGAUGAUAAAGAUGAUGUUCAAAGUCAAGGCUCCUCUGCUUCAUCAGAGGAUUAUAUCAUUAUUCUCCCUGAGUGCUUUGACACCAGUCGUCCUUUAGGGGAGUCUAUGUAUAGCUCAGCUCUUUCUCAGCCCAGUUUGGAAAAGACAGGAGAACCUGAAACAGGAGCAGAGAAUCCAGAAGGGGGAAGCCAGCCACAGGUCCCCAGUGUCAGCGAUAUUUUGACAACUUCACAAACACUAGCUGUAGUACCACUAACCCCAGAGAUUGCGGACACCUUACCCCAAACACAAAGGAAUCUUGCAUCUCUUCAGAAUCAUAUCUUGCAAGAAUCAAACAUACCAGCUUCAGAGCAUAUCUCUUCCACUCCUCAUAAUCAAAUAAGAGAAGAACCCAGUGGUGAAGACAGUCACGGACCAGGAUCUUCUGGAUUUCUAAGUAGUAAACAGAAGUGCUCAGAAUACCCAAGAUACCCUCAAGGAAGCAGCAUCGCAGGAGAACUAGUUAAAGGAGCUUUGUCUGUUGCUGCUUCUGCCUACAAAGCAUUAUUUGCUGGACCACCCGUUAUAGAACAGCAGCCUGCAGCUACAGAAGAGCACACUGCCACUCUUCUAUCCAGCCUGCAUGAGAUGGGGUUCUGUGACAGGCAGUUAAACCUGCGACUGCUGAAGAAACACAACAAUAAUAUGGUUCAAGUGGUAACUGAAUUGCUUCAGAUCAGUAACAGUGACUGGUACAGCGGUAGAUGCUGA